UGCCACAUCAGACACAGUGCCACAUCAGCAGUGACGUCUGACACAGUGCCACGUCAGCAACAUGACGGGCCUGCCAGGCCAACUGGCCAAUGAGACCAUUGCCGCCUACAAGCAGCGUUGCCUGGCUCAGAUAGAGGCUGAGGAACAACGCCUGCUGGCAGUCGAGGCUGCCCGCGUACAGGCUGAAGAGGCAGCAGCAGCAGAGAAGCUGCGGCUACAGGCCGAUGCAGACGCAGAUGCCCAGGCUCGCCGCAAGGAAGCCCAGGAUCUGCUGCAGCGGCAUGAAGCCAACAGCAUCGACAGACUCAAGAACUGGCAUUUUAAACCAAACGGCGACGAGACAACACCGGAAGAGAAGCACAAGGAGUUCCUCUCCAAACUCGUGACGCGGUUGUUGUAUGCUUGCAACUACCAACGGUCAGAGUUGGAGAGACAGCAUCAGGAGUUAGCGACGCUCCGCCGCACAGUGCAGGGCCACGAGGAUGCAACUCGGGCACUUAAUGCCCGAUUGUUGGACCUGGAACAGGCUGUACCAGGACCAGCUGCUGGAGCUUCCAGCAGUGCACCCUCAAGCCGCCAACUGGAGGACCUCGUUGACCACGUAGUGGCAAUGCUCGGCGACAUCAGCACCUUCGCUGCGCCGACCACCACCAUCAGCAGUCAGCUGCAUACAUUGAAGACCGAGGUCCAGAAGCUGCAGUCGACGAACGCGGACAACAAUCCGAAGAUGUACAAGAUGCCAACUUUCAACCUGGAGAGGUUCGACGACUACACGCAGCAGGAUCCCGUCCUCUGGUGGGAAGCAUUCACAACACAACUCAGGAUUCUGCCAGUAGCCAAGCAUGCGUACAUCGACGCCCUGUUCUUGAACUCAAAGGGCGGAUGCCAGACCUGGUUGAGCCACCUGGCAACCUCCCACGGCGUCGACGUACCAGACUUGAAGGAUGUAAUCACAUGGGAGGAACUGACACGGCUGUGGAAGAAGCGGUUCAUCGUCGACGACGCGCCGGCACUCGCCAUCAACCGUUUGUUCACCAUAUCACAGGGCAACACAGCAACACGGGACUGGCUCACGGAGUGGCAGAAGAUUGCGGUUGUGCCCAAUCUGAACCUACCAUUCGAGCAUCUACGUCGUGAGUUCUACAACAGGUCCUGUGCGGCAUUGAGCCAGGCUCUUGGUGAUCGCGAGCAGUACUCAACCUUCGCGGACAUCAUUGACAAAGCGAGGGAGAUCAUCAAGAUCAACAGGUCAGCUGCACACGAGAAAUCAACAUCAUGGCAGCCGACCUAUGUGGAGAAGGUACGAACUGGUCCGCGACAGCAGCACUUCGCUGCAGUCCAGCAGGACAGUGGAGAUAACCCAACAGCCACUCCAGCAUCAAGCGACGGAGAUCAGGUGGCCGUUGUCCAGCCGCGAAGCACCAACAAGUCCCGCAACAAUGGGAAGGAGGAGGAGGAGGAAGAGGAGGAGGAUAUGCAGAAGAAGAACGAGAACGAGAACGAGAACGAGAACGAGAACGAGAACGAGAACGAGAACGAGAACGAGAACGAGAACGAGAACGAGAACGAGAACGAGAACGGGAACGAGAACGAGAACGAGAACGAGAACGAGAAAGAGAACCAGAGCGAGAGCGAGAGCGCGAGGAGCGAGGGGCGAGAGCGAGGGGCGAGAGCGAGGGGCGAGAGCGAGGGGCAAGAGCAAGAGCGAGCCGCAACAGUGAGGGGCAAGAGCGAGGAGCGAGGAGCGAGGAGCGAGGAGCGAGGGGCGAGGAGCGAGGGGCGAGGAGCGAGGGGCGAGGAGAGAGGGGCGAGGAGAGAGGCGAGGGGCGAGGGCGAGCGCGAGGGCGAGCAUGAGGGCGAGGCGCGAGGCGCGAGGGCGAGGGCGAGGGCGAGAGCGAGAGCGAGGAGGAGCGAGAGCGAGGAGGAGCGAGAGCGAGGAGGAGCGAGAGCGAGGAGGAGCGAGGAGCGAGGAGCAGGAGCGAGGAGCAAGGAGGGAGAGCGAGGAGCGAGGAGGGAGAGCGAGGAGGGAGAACGAGGAGGGAGAGCGAGGAGCGAGGAGCGAGAGCGAGGACCAAGAAUGAGAACCGAGAAUGAGGACCAAGAACAAGGAGCGGCAGCGGCAGCCGCAGCGGCAGCAGGAGCAGGAGCAGGAGCAGAAGAAGACGACAAAGAAGAAGAAGACGAAGACGAAGACGAAGACGAAGACGAAGACGAAGACGAAGACGAAGACAACAAAGAAGAAGAAGAAGACAACAAAAUGUACCACACUUCUUGAAACACAAAGCAAUUGACCAUCAAGGAAAAGGGAAACUAGUUUCUACUAUCUACAAGGGUAACAAAGGAUUAGAUCAACA